AUGCUGCUUCUUGACGCGAUCUGGCGAGAGGAAGAGGUCCGCUGUUGUGACGGGAUGUCUUGUGCGGUCAGAUAUAGAAAUGCCAACGCUGUUGUUGGAAUCGAACCGAGGAUGACGAAGGCGCCUGUGUCGGCUCUUGCUGAAGUCGUCGUACCACCACAUACGAGAGCCACAAUGGUCGCUGUUGUCACAUCAGCUGCUCUACGGGCUCGCUUGAGCGGCGCGCCGCAGCUCGUCUCGGCAGCUCGGUCGUCCAGCUCUCGAGGCUAUGCCAGCGCUGCAUCGGCCCGUCCGAGACCUUCGGGCUUGAGCACGACACUGGCAUACAACCGAGCCACUUUCGCGCGUGCAAGUGUCGCUUUCCCAGCGCAAUCGACAUUGCUAGCAGGCAAGCCAUUCUCGUCGACGAUCGCGCAUCGAAACCUUUCCUUCUGGGGCUCUUCCAAACCAGCCGGCACAUCGGCUGAUGCGUCAUCAUCGCUUUCUUCCGAGCUCGAGACGAAGAAAGAUGAAGCGGCCAACGCUGCGCACGAGCUGAAGCAGUCCGCAGAAGCUUCCCUCCAGAACGCAGGCUCUUCCGUCUCUGACAGCUUGCAGUCGACACAACAUGCAGCUUCCGAUGCCGUCUCCACCGUGCAAUCCAAAGCCUCCGAAGUCACCAACACUCUGACUGAGCAGUUCAGCAACGUCGACUCCACUGCCGCCUCCACCGUCACAGAAGCCUUCAGCGGAGCAGCCGGUAUCAGACCCGGCGAGCUCACCGAACUUGGUCUCAACCACUGGGUCACUCCACCCGGCUGGAUCACCAACCUGCUCGAAUUCGUCGGCACCACCACCGGUCUUCCCUGGUGGGGCACCAUCGCCGUCACCACCGUAGCGCUCCGCUUGCUCAUCUCGCCCAUUUCCAUCGCAGGUCAGAAGAACGCCAUUCGUCUCGGCAACAUCCAACCCGAGAUGAAGCGAAACAUGGACGACAUCAAGCACUACAAAGCGGCAGGGGAUCAGAUGCAGAUGCAAAAAGCCGUCAUGUCCACCCAAAAGCUGCUGAGGGACAACAACGCCAACCCGAUCAAGUCGAUCGUUCCGAUCCUGUUCCAAUUCCCGUUGAUGUUCUCGUACUUCUUGGCGUUGGAGAGGAUCGCCAAAUCCGGUUCAGAGACUUUCGCACACGGAGGCCCGUUCUGGACCACCGAUCUUACGGUCCCUGACCCAACCUGGAUUCUCCCCGCAGUAUCCACACUGGCCACGUUCGCCGUAGCAGAAUUGGGUUUCAAGGUCGGCACCAACAACCAGUCCGAUCCAGCGCAGAGUCAGAUGAUCAAGUACGUGUUCAGAGGAAUGAUGCCCAUCCUCGCCUGGUUCUCGACCACCUUCCCUUCCGGAGUAUUGGUGUACUGGGCGACGACGAAUCUGUACUCGUUGGCUCAGCUGGCGGUUUUGCAGAUGCCGGUGGUGAGGAGGUGGGCGAAGUUCCCAAAGCGAAUCACCCACCCGAAGAACCCGUACGAGGAGCAGGGCAAGGGUUUCAUGGACAAGUUGAAGGCUGCUAGAGAUCAGUUAUCCGACUCCUCCGCCCAGAAGGUCGCAAAACCAGUGGUCAGCAGUAGCACUGCAAAUGCGGCGGGCAAGACGAGCACAAGGUCAGACGCUUUGAAGGAGAUUUUGGAUGACAAGGCUGCCUACGAAGCUAGCUCGACCACCGCUGACGCGGAGUCGGCCGCUGACAGGAGGAACAGAGAACGCGUCUUGAAGGCUCGUCAACGUCGGGCUCGCAAGUAG